AUGGCUCUUGAUACCGAGUUACUGUGCUGGGUUGUCUCUGUGCGCUGCAGUAAUCGACCCACCGAAGCCCUUCUCCUGCCCAGCGACCGCCGCUUCUUCCCCUUCAAGAUCCCCAAUACACACCACCAGCUGCGCCAUUACAUCAGCACGGCCGAUCCUGACAGAAUAUAUGUAGCCGUCGGGAGGAUAAUAUACGCCAUCCACAUCUCAGCACGCAAGAGAGAGAUCCUCACCAUUGUUCCCUUUGACCCAAAAUGUCUUACCGCCGGAAAUGGAUGGAUUGGUGUAGGUGGCACGGAGAGUGGGGACUGUGCCUUCAUUAAGCUGGAUGCGGCCUUCUCUCUGGCUGCAGAUGCUGCUGCUGUGCCCGGCUCGCCUGCCGGCGUUGACUCUCCUCUUCCGCUGGAUUUUGAUACGUCCAUAUCGAGGAGGACUCUCCCUUACCCACCGAAUGUCAGUGUUCGCGAACUCGGCGGAAGCAUAGUCAAUUCCGUGACUCUUCAUCGUCUUCCGGCUAACGGAGACGAAUUCGUUGAUGAGGAUAUUGCUGUUCUCAGCAAUAAUGACACCACCGUGAGCAUCUUCUCACUACCGCGAAUGGAAGUUGUCGAGACAAUCCGUCAUCCCGUGUGCAUGAAUUUUGCCAUCAUAUCCCCUGACUCAAAGCUGCUUGCUGCAGUAGGCGAUGAGAAUAGGGUGUAUUUCUACCGAGCCAUCGCUUCCCCUGAUAAGGUAAACGCCUUUCCAGCGGACGGUGGUAAACUACUCCGAGAUUGGACCUGGCCACUACUUCGAAGCGUCGAACUCGAUUCGGAUCCUCACUACGACGACCGAUGCUGCUUCACUAUUGCGUUUUCUCCUUCCAGCCACCUCUGUGCAGUUGCCUCUCAGGCUGGUGUCAUUACAGUAUUUAGCGUCAAAGGCAUUUUCAGCCCUGAUCCAGAUGGAAGAUCUGGCCGAGAGGAUAUCCUCUGUGUCUUUAGGUCCUCCCGAUCAUGUUUCGAUGGCGGUGCUAUUCGCUGCAUGUCAUUUUCUCCCGGGCCUUGGGAUCUCCUGGUUUGGGUUGAAGACCAUGGACGUUUCGGUAUAGCCGACGUCCGCCAGGGCUUUUCCAGGCGCCAAGUCAUAACUCUUGAUAUAGACGAACCGAGCCUCGAGCGCGUCAAAACCGACAAUCUCGACAAACCGGAAACGGACCUAGAUCUGGAUGCUGAUAGUCACCGGCCGGAGUCCAGCGCAAACCAUUCCAGAUUAAAUGACGCCGAGGAUGCAUUACAGCGAGCCAUCGACUCUAACCGUCACCGCCGUCGAGGAGGGGCUGCCGACACAGACUCGCAGAUAAUGCGAGAUAGUUUGGCCCGGGAUCUAACCGCACGGGAGAGGCAGAUUAUCGACUUCUUGAAUACAGCACGCUGGGCGUCCUCUAUUGAAGAAGGCCCCCAGCGACUGCCACACCUAAUUAGCCCUCUACCAUAUUCCGCUUCUUCCACUUACCAGCAGCGGGCCGCAAGUCAGUUUUUGGGUACAUCACCGCCUCCGCCUCCUCCACCUCCACCUCCAGACCAUUACAUAACUCGCAAUGAGCCAUCGCGCAACUCCGAUAGGGCACGAACGGGAGCUCCUAGGAGACGCAACUCCGUCAUCCUAUCCCAGGACAGCUCGUCUCGGCCAACUGUGCAUACGUCUUCUGCACUAAUCCCGCACCCAGGCAUAUCGUUAAGGUGGCCAUAUUCUCCCAACCAAGUGCCAGCGCCCAACGAUGACCCGGAAACUUUAAGUAUGGAGGAUGAUUUCCCUCGCAUACCAUCCCCUAACGAAGACGGCGUGCAGACUGGCCCGUCUAACUCUGCCCAUCGUGGUUCUAGAGCGCCGCAGCCAGAAGAUACAUCAUCGAGUAACAGCCGGCCUAACACAGCACAACGCCAGCGCCUUGCACGCUCACGGUCAAUCCCCCGUCGUGCUGAUAGGCCCACCCGUGCCCCUGGUGAGCGUCUCGACCCACGUAAUACAAUGGACUCCGAACUAAGAUCUACGUUAGCUGCUGAGCGCCUGCGAGCUCAACGACAGGCUGCUGUGGAAGAAAACCAGCGUCUCACGGAAUGGGAGCAACAAUACCGCCGUGUGCUGGAACUUGAUAACAUUCGAUCAAGCCCUAGGAUCCGGAAUUUUUCUGGAGAGAUCUACGGUGGUCGAGAAUCAGGAUGGGGAGUGGGAACCGCUGGUGUCGGAUGGAGUGAUAAUGGGCGUACUCUAUACAUUGGCACCGUGCAGGGAAUAUUCGAAUACCAUAUCAAUGUCCCGGAUCGCAAGACCUUCCCAGCCUUCAGCUGCAGGUAA